GACUCGACGCCUGCUGUGCACCAGGGAGCUUGAUCCAUGCCCGGUUCCCAGCAAACAACCAUAAAGGGUGGGAACCUUAAUUACCCUUUAGUUCCUUUUUCCCAUCCCUCCCCCUAAAUUGCCUCUGUGGUGAUACUGUCCUCUCCUGCCUGUGGCCUGCAACAUGAUUGGCAAGCUGAAACAGAAUUUGCUGGUGGCCUGUCUGGUCAUCAGCUCGGUCACGGUCUUCUACCUGGGCCGCCAUGCCAUGGAGUGCCACCACCGCAUUGAGGAGCGCAGCCAGCCAGGCGGGAUUCUGCCUCUGUCAGCACUGGGAGGCAGCAUGCGGACCACUUUACGGACAGGCCAGAAUCUCAGCACACCUUUUGUUUACAACAAAGACAUGCCACUCAUCUUUAUUGGCGGCGUGCCCCGCAGUGGUACCACUCUGAUGCGAGCAAUGCUGGAUGCCCACCCAGAGGUGCGCUGUGGUGAAGAAACCCGCGUCAUCCCGCGGAUCCUUGCCAUGAAACAGAUGUGGAGCCGCUCAGGCAGGGAGAAGAUGCGCCUGGAUGAGGCCGGUGUGACAGAUGAGGUGCUGGAUGCCGCCAUGCAGGCCUUUCUGCUGGAAAUUAUCGUCAAACAUGGCGAGCCAGCCAACUUUCUCUGCAAUAAGGACCCUUUUGCGCUGAAGUCGCUCUCCUACCUGGCCAAGAUCUUUCCCCGUGCCAAGUUUGUGUUAAUGAUUCGUGAUGGACGGGCUUCAGUCCACUCCAUGAUCUCACGGAAGGUGACCAUUGCCGGCUUUGACCUGGGCAGCUACCGGGACUGCCUGACCAAGUGGAAUCGGGCCAUAGAGACCAUGUACACUCAGUGCCUGGAGGCAGCCGAUAAGUGCCUGCCUGUGCACUAUGAACAGUUGGUCCUCCAUCCUGAGAAAUGGAUGCGGACACUGCUGAAAUUCCUAGACAUUCCUUGGAAUGAUGCCGUCCUCCACCAUGAGGAGCUCAUUGGGAAAGCUGGAGGAGUGUCCCUCUCCAAGGUGGAGAGGUCCACAGACCAGGUCAUCAAGCCCGUCAAUGUGGAGGCCUUGUCUAAGUGGGUGGGGAAGAUUCCAGCUGACGUGGUGAGGGACAUGGCCGUCGUGGCCCCCAUGUUGUCCAGACUUGGCUACGACCCCCAUGCCAAUCCCCCCAACUAUGGCCGGCCUGACCCCAAGGUCCUGGACAACACCAGACGGGUCUUUAAAGGUGAAUUUCAGCUACCAGAUUUCCUAAAAGAACAAUCACAGAUCCAGAAGUCUGCAGAGAAACCCCACCCCAGUUAGGAGAAGCAGGAGUGCCAUCACCACAACACACAGCACAGGACUCGGUGCAGUGGAACAGAAAAUCAUGGACAUCGUCUUACCCAUUUCACCGUCUGUGUUGGGCCUCGGCACAUUUCAAAGGUCACAUGACUGCAGUUGGACAGUGACCUCACUAGUGUCAACGCAUCCCCCCCCGUGGGCUGCCACCACUCCUCAUCUACGGAGAACUCUUGGCCUUCGAUGUUGUACUGUACAAGAAAAAAAAAAAAAAAAAAAAAAAAAAAAAGGUUCUCACAACCACAGAAUGUCUGCUGAUUGUUAUUUUUUGUGUCACAUCAUGCUCAUCGAUUUUUAGAAAUUAUUUCUGGCUAUUUAGGAAAAAAACCCCUCUGUGAUUCUGUUGUAAGAAACUGCAGUGAACUGAAAUCGCAACAAGUAUUUAUGAAUGGAAAAUUAGCUUUUGGAAGAUGCAAUACCUAUUUUAAUGUUUAAUUUUUUUUUCAUGACUUUGUAUUGUGCUAUGUCAUGGGUACUGAUCAGUUUUAAGUAUCAACCGUGAUAAACAAUGCUUUUUUAAAAACCUU